UCGAUGCAUCUUGUUGUUUUCCGUUGUUUUUGCUAGAAACUGGAGUUGUCCUGACCUGGCUCCGUGUUCAUGUAGCUGUGAACCUGUAUUAACAAUAGACUGUUCAGACAGACACAUGUUCAUCCAAGAACAAGACAAUUAUAAUAAUUUCAGUAAAUUACAAGGAUUAUAUAUUCAUGAAUUGAAUUUACGAAACACGAAUUCAAUACUACCACUUCAUAUUUUUGUCGACUUACAAAUUCACAAAUUAGAUAUAAGUGAAAACAAAAAUAUUAAAAAUUAUAAAAAGAUUCUUGAAAAGAUUGACGAUUCUUUAGAGGAAUUGAAUCUUAAAAAGGCUUCUUUCUUGAGUCAUAGCGUUUUGAAGAACUUGGGUCGCUUUAAAAAUCUAACGUCCUUAUCAUUAGAGGGAAACAUCAUUAACAUGAAUAUUUUAGGAGAUACAUUUUCAAAUUUCCCUUAUCUUCAAAAUCUUGAUUUAAGUGAUAGUAAACUCAAUAAUCGAAUGAAUUCCAAUCCUUUUGAUGGACUAGACAGUUUACAGGUUCUAAACCUAGAAUCUACAAAAAUAAGUUUAGAUAACACCAAAAGUUUAUGUUUUCUUAGAAAUCUGACUUCCUUGAAGGUGUUAAACCUGGAUCGUAAUAACGGUGCCGCCGAGAUUAAAGUUGUUCCACUCUUUAAAGGCAAUAAUAUGUUCUCGCUCAAACGACUUAGUUUAUGCUCUAAUAAGAUAGCGUUGUUCCAGAACACCGCAUUUCAAGGAAUAGAACAGCUGGAGGUUUUAGAUUUAUCCGAUAAUUUAUUGAGGACGGUACCACUAUCAGUAACUUCAAUACUAUUUAAUCUUACUAAUCUGAAUUUAUCGUCAAACAAAAUUCAGUACCUAUCAGAAAGGACGUUCACAAACUUGACAAAACUACAGUAUCUAAAUCUUCAAAGGAACCAGAUAAACAGCUUCCCUAGGUAUGCAUUCCGAGGAUUAGGUAACAGUUUACAGACACUUGACUUAAGCUCUAAUGAGUUGAUAGGAGGACAUUUCUGGGUAAUCGGACUAAUGGAUCUCCCCUCGUUAUUAAAUCUCAAUGUGUCAUAUAAUUCCAUCAAACAUAUACAAAAUGAUUCGUUUGAUAGCACAGCUUACUUACAAGUUUUAGAUAUAAGUGGAAACCCGUUGAUAUUUACUGACACUAUGUUCAGUGGGAUAGAGGCUAGUCUGAAACAGUUGUUUGUCAAAAGUGUUGGUAUGGAACACGUGCCUUUAAUUCCAUUACAAACAAUUAGUGAACUAGACGACUUAGAUUUAUCUAAUAACAGACUCAAAUCCAUUCAAAGUAUGUUUUUAACUGGAGUAAAAGCAAAGCAUAUCUAUCUGCAAAACAUGAAUAUUUCUGAGAUUUCAAAACUGGCAUUUACUGGAAUACCAGGUCCGAUUUCAAUCUUUCUAGAUAAUAAUAACAUUUCGUCUCUUAGAUUUUUAGAGGAGUCAAUGCCAUGUUUUUUCUCCGAAAUAUCAUUAAGAAAUAAUCCAUUAAUUUGUGAUUGCACUGCAUUUUCCGUCUCCAGUUCUGGUCGAUAUGGACAUGUGAUUGGAAAAUGCAUCAAUGAUGAUUUUGUAGGUAAAUCAAUAAAUAUGAUUAGUUCUUUGGAUAAACAUCUUUGUAAAGAUCUGAAAAUUAAAAGUGGGUGGUGCAGCAAAACAGGGAAAUAUAUCAGUAACAUUGCCGCCAGUUUACACCUUGGACACCACGUGGUGUUGUAUCUAUUGUUAAUGUAUUCAACAUUCAUUUUAAUCAGUUGAAGCAGUUGAAGAUGACAAAUAUGUGAUAAGUGCAAUGACUAGACCUUUAAAAGGAGAACUGCCUUCGUGUGCUUAGCGUUUUAUAAAGUUAUGUAUCUGUAAAUAUCAAGACUACGGAAGUUACUAUUGCGGUAUUCUUUUCUUAGAUUCUAGUGACGCACAAACACCUUAGUGCAUUGGACAUGUCCCAUGUUUACAACGCCUGAUGAUGUGUUAAGAUUGAAUAGGAAUUUGGAUGUUUAACAAAUUGUUCUCCAGGAAUACAUUUCAUAACGACAUACACUCAUACUUUGAUUUCAGAAAUGACAAGUCUUUGUUUGAACUUCUAAAUGAACCAUGCUUGGCAAAAAAGUAAUUUUAAAGUGUUUAAUCUCAUGCAGUCGACGCCCAACAACCUUCCGCAUUCGAGAGGAAUAAACUAUCACGAGACAACAAGGAAGGGUCUGUGAACACUGAGGUUACUUGUCGGUCAGUGAAGGGUCUGAGAACACUGACGUCACUUGUCGGUCAGGGAAGGGUCUGUGAACACUGACGUCACUUGUCGAUCAGGGAAGGGUCUGUGAACACUGAGGUUACUUGUCGGUAAGGGAAGGGUCUGUGAACACUAAGGUUACUUGUUGGUCAGGGAAGGGUCUGUGAACACUAAGGUUACUUGUCGGUGAGGAAAGGGUCUGUGAACACUGAGGGUACUUGGAAAGGGUCUGAGAACACUGAGGUUACUUGUCGGUUUGAUAAAAAUCCUUCAUGGUUUCAUGGCUAAAUCCUCAGAGACCAACGCUCAUGAAAGAGUAUGAAUUUACUGAGGUUUUAAAAAACAGUAGAAAUGUUUGUGUUAAGUCGUAAUAAUUUUCAAAUUUCUAGUUGAACAAUGAGUUAUGUGAUUAAAAUUAUGUAUCUUGCAAACAGCUUUUUACCAUAAAAAUACUGGAUUGUACAACAGGUGUUACAGCAGUGUAAUCUAGUCAUUUGUACUUCUUUAUUUA